UUUAAGGUUCAAACAACGCCAAUUGUUGUUGAAAAAGUUAAUUGCAUAAAAAAAAUUCAAAAACUAACAAAAAUAAAAUCUAAAGGAUUGAGUAUCUGUAUCACCAAUCCAACAAAAAAAAUGUCUGUGGCAUCUUCAUUCCCAUGCAUCAAAAUCCCAGCUUGUUCCUCCUCUCCAACAUGCACAUCUUCAUCAACUUCAUCAUUUAGAUUUUCUUCUUCCAAGCCUUAUGCUGCUGUUUCUAUAAGGAACUCUCAGACUGAAGGGCCUCUGAGAAGACCAGUGGCUCCUCCUGUGAGAGAACCAUCAAGUAGUGUCCCUCAGCCACUGAAGCCUUCACCUCCUUCUCAGGUUCCGCCCCAGAAGGCUUCUCCUGUUGCUGGGGAUGAUAAUAAUGUCAUUACAUUAGAGUUUCAGAGGCAGAAGGCUAAGGAGCUUCAGGAGUAUUUCAAACAGAAGAAGCUUGAAGAUGCAAAUCAGGGUCCUUUCUUUGGAUUCAUUGGCAAAAAUGAGAUUAGCAAUGGAAGAUGGGCAAUGUUUGGUUUUGCUGUUGGAUUGCUAACAGAGUAUGCAACGGGAUCAGAUUUUGUUGAUCAAGUAAAGAUCCUUCUCUCGAAUUUUGGAAUAGUAGAUUUGGAAUGAAUACCAUAAGAUUAUAUACUGUCAAUAGUUUCAUGUAACUACUCCUAGCGUAAACAACGUUUCAUCUUCAUAUAUAGCAACCAAGCUUGCAUCUUUGUCUUCACAUUAAUGAAGUAACAAUAAUAUCAUGAUUUUCCUUGUCCUUUA